CACAACCGCGAUUUGUCUCACCUUCAAGUCCCGUAGCACAACACCACAAAGGCAGCCUACGAUCUUUACAAGAUGUCCCGCGGUGGUGGUACCACGCUCUACGUCACGGGCUUCGGCCACGGCACCCGCGCUCGCGACCUCGCCUACGAAUUCGAACGCUACGGUCGUCUUGUUCGCUGCGAUAUCCCUGCGCCGCGCUCCGCAUCGAGCAGGCUCUUUGCAUUUGUUGAGUACGAGAGCCGUCGCGAUGCCGAUGACGCGUACCAUGAGAUGCACAACAAGCGCAUUGGCCGCGACGACUUGCUGAAGAUUGAGUGGGCACGCACGCCUCCGUCCGCAUCUUGGCGCUUUGACUCUGGCCGCGACCGCCCCCGUGGUGAGCGCUCUGAGCGCGGUGAGCGCAGCGAGCGUGGAGGCCGCGAGCGCUCUCCUCGCCGCCGAAGCACGUCUCCUCGCCGCGACCGUGAGGCCUUCUCUCCUCGCAAGGACGACCGCCGCGAGCGCGACUACGACCGCCGUGACCGUGACCGCUCUAGGAGCCCCAACGGUGACCGCGAGAUGAAGGAUGUGCGCGAUCGCGAGGACGACCGUGGCGACCGCGACCGCGAUGAGAGGCGCGAACGUGACCGCGAGGCCGACGCUCCUGCCGCCGAAGUCCGCAAGGCCGAGUCCCCUCCUCCUCCAGUCGUGCAUGAAGACCUCGACGUUGCUGAGUAGAGCUGAGUUCCUGCUCUUCUUGGCGCGCUUGCUCCGGCCAUUGUGGUGGUCUGAUGGUCUGCGGUCACUAUAUUCACUUCCCAAAUUGGUUUAAGUAUCGGUGUUUGAGUAGCUGAAAACGGUGCAUGGGCUUUGUUCUUUCUUCGGUUGGCGGCUAGCUAUACUGCUCGGCCUUGCCACAGGUUAAUCAUAUCAAGUUCGAAUCUCA